CACACACACACCACACACACACACACACACACAUACACACACACCACUACAGUAUAUCAGCGAGUGACUAGCGGAGAGCCAGAGGGGAGUGCAGAAAUGAAUGUGAAGAUCCUGACGCUGGUGAUUGUGCUCUUGGUGUCUCUGCUGUGUUCUGCCAGUGCUGGUCCCAUGGCCUCCACGGAGCAUGGCAGAGAGCUGGAAGAGGCGGCUACGGUGAGAAAGCUGGUCCAGCAAAGCCCAGCGAGGGGUGGUCAGACUCACAGACCAGCCGGCUGGAAGAGGAGACGCCCACGGCCCCGUCUUUCCCACAAGGGGCCCAUGCCGUUCUAAAACAAGGCACUGCUUUGAGCGCCCUCCCCCAGGUUCUGAUUUCUAUGCUCUUCCUUUGCCUUGGGGGGCCUUGCAACGAAGGGCCUAUGCUUGCCCAGCCUGAAGAGUGAUGUCCAUAGCACCUGCUGGUUCUUCAAGCAACUCUGUCCACAAAAAAUCAGGACAAGCCGCUCACCCUCAGCUCUAAGAGGAAUUGUGGGGCAGGGAAGGGGGGUGGGGGGUAUUGAGCCCAAGCUACCAGAUUCUAUUUCUCUGUCUCUCUCUCUCUCUCUUUCUCUCUCUCUCUCACUCCCUCACUACUUAUCUAUCUCUGUCUUCUCCCAAGUGUUUUUUUUUUUAUCAUUUGCUUAAUAGAGCCCAAUCAUAGCCAUCUCCCUGAGUGUCUCACACACUUUGCAUGACAUGUGGUGGAGAGGGAGCCCGGUCAAAACAAUCUGAGUCUUAAAGCAUCUGUCCCUUCUCCAUGGUGUGCUAUUCCCAUCUCUCAGAUUCAAGGUUAUUGCAGUCGCUAAUUCCAUUGCUGUGUAGCUACUUCUGGCUUUACUAGUGGGAGAGGGUGCUGAUUGUGCAGAAGGGCAGUGGCAGUUUCAAAAGUUGACGACAUCAACUAAUACCAAGUUCACUCAUGACCCUCUUACCUGCCUACUGCAAAAAAGAAAUCCGUGGUUUUCCUUUUCAAACGGAGGUGCAAUAGCAUUACCAUCUUUAGUGACAUUAUCGCCUUCGCUUAAUUACCAUUGUCAAUGGUGCUUUGUACUUCCUAAUUACAGUACGUCCACAGGUGAAGUGAAGUAAAAUUGGCCUGAAAAGAGAGCACAUCCUGUCACAACAAUCUGCUUUAAGUGACAGAAUCAUUCCUUCAUUUAGGAGAAUCUUUAAUCCAAAGCUAUUUUGGUGUUUCUGAACUCAUUAACACCUUGGGGUUUAACAAUGCGCUCAAGGUUGCUGUCACAGUUGCCCACCUUGGAUGAGCCCUUUGACCUCAAAUCCCAAUCCCAAUCCUGUCCCCAAUCCCCAGCCUUCUCACAACACUGCUGCUCUGUGCAGCUGCUCUACACGACUGUUAACUGGCAGGGGUGGUCUGCUCCAGCGACAGACUGCCUUGCCUUUUAAUGAAGUGCCAAAUAAUAACUUAUUCCACAAUGCUGCCAGGAAUGAAAGAACGAAAGGAAGGGAGAAAUGAGAAACACAUUACCUCUUGUCUGAAGUCUUGAUACACUGACACAUUAUGCAUUAUAAAUUUCUGCAAGGAGAAACAAAUCCCAUGUAAGACAAAGGUAGCGAGGAGGACAGUCAAAUUAGACCAAAAACAGUUUCAAAGCAAACAUCUGUCAAGCUCAGUAAAUAUGCCACCAUGUUCAGCCUACCGGUAGUGCUCUAGUUGUCUUACUGUCUAGCAUAAGGCUGGUUUGACCCUUUGACCAAGAUCUUUCACUGACGGAACGCUAUGCCUCUCCGUCGUACUGGAAUAUAUUACUGUUUAUGUUUAUGUUCAAUUUUUUUUCUAAGUUUAAGCAGUUUUAUUUCUUUUUUUCUCAGGGUGCUGUGAUAGAAGCCUGUACCAGAGCAGUCUAUUUUGCGCAUUUAUUUAACAAUAAACACGAACAUACAGUACAUUUAUAGCUUAUAUGAGCAUAUUUUCAUAUACUGUAUCUUUAAUCUCCCUCUAUGUAUUCACCAGUAUAGCCAUGUAUCCAGAUUCAGCCCUUGCUAGUCAUCCUUCGAUCCCCAUGUUGGGUACAGUUGCCUUUCUCGCCUGCCCUUCCACAGCACAGGUGGUCGUGGCUUUGAUCACUACGCUCAUUAAAUCCCAUGGUUAAUCUUUCUCAGAUGGAUCUCCCCAAGGCUGGCUGAGGCCACUUACAGUCUGAGCUUAUUGUCAAAUUGGCUUAGAUUGAAACCACACCCUUCCCCCCUUUCCAAUCCCCAACCCCCUGCUGAUUUCAGUGUAUAACCAUGUAACAUAUUAGUUACCUGUAGAGCGGCCACCCUCCAGUCCCCAGUUCUGUAUUAGGGACGUGGAGCAAUAUCAAGACAUUUCCUUUCAGUCGGCCUUUAAGUGAAGAUCUGAUUUCCGCUACGGCAUAUUCCACCAUAAACCAAUCAGUAAACACCCAUAAUCGAGUCGGUUUUGACCAAAUACGCAACUGGCGGGUUAACCUAGUUUUCCAAUAUAUUUUCCCUCUUGCCAUGUCUCAUGCAAAUAUUAUAAUAAAAAGCAGAGUCUUCUCAGCCCCACCAUGAGAAGCUUUUAUUAAGAGAGCAUCUAAAAUCACAGUGGUAAUCCACCCAGCCAAGCUCACCUUGAUUAAAAAUGUAUUAAAUCCUAGGGCACUGUGAAGAGUAAUAAUUUCAGUUCCACCAUUAUUAUUUCAUACCCUCUCAGACAGAGAUGUAGAUUUCAUUAAUGCUCCUCGGGAAUGAGACAGCUUUGCUUAGGGUGUCUCAUGUAUUAUUGGGGAAGAUAGUAGGAGGAUAUGAGCUGGGGAUGGAAGCUCUAAGCUGCAGGAGCUGGGAUGCUGGAGUAGACUGGGUCACGACAAGGGGUUCAAAUCGAUAUUUCCCCAUCUCAGAAGUUAUUGUUAGGGAGCCGAGCAACGUCUGUAUCCGCACUGUUCUUCAUGAAUGUAUCCUCACCAUCUGCACCAGCCAUGCUGCCCUUUCAGAGACCAGAGCAAACCAAUGUUUAUGUUAGAGCACCAUUUGAAUCUUGGUUUGGUUAUCGGAUGAGUCCAAAAAAACAAAGCCAAAUAUCCCGUGAUCCAAAGCCUCCAAUAUCAGCAAACCCCAACAAUAGACGUGGCUUUGCUCCAAGACUUCUCUGUAUGGGUUCGCAAGGCUGCACUUUUUGCAAUUCCAUUAUGCUGCUGGAAAAAUAAACCCUGAAAACAAGAGUCUCUUGGUAUGGAAUGGUUUUCCAGUGUAUUGUGACAAUUUUUUUUUUUUUUUUUUUUUGUCUGAUUCUUGUCUAGCUGGUUGUCCAAAGCUUACUUUUUGAAUACAGUGUGAAAAGCUGUAUCUUUUGUGGAUGUAACAAAAUAGAAAAGUAGUCUGCAGCACAAUAAUGUCGUGGACACGUGAAAGCUUUUCUUGUAGAUCAUAGCCCACAGCCCUCCCCUGCACAUCAGGUUAAUGGGCCUUGUGGUGUGGAAGGACAAGCACGUCCAGGCUCAAACUGAAAUGGUAAACCAAUACAUUAUGCUCGGGGAGCCAAACCAUUUUCCUUAAUGGUCUUUUCCAGCAAGGCUUACACAAGAGAAACAAUUCCUAUCCUCUCAUUGUUUCCUCUCCAGUUCCUCUUCUCUGUUACCAUCACAAGGCCUGAGUAAUGUUCCUAUGCACUUGUUAGCAUGUUUUUCCUGGUAGAAAAAAAUGUUUCUUCUGAGAACUUACCCCCUCUUUGUGUUUUAGUUCUUUUUGUCCAAAUGCAUUUGGCUGGGAGUGUGUAAGGAGUGGGGAAUGAGCAGAGAGAUAGGUUUGUGUUACUGGUGGAGACAUGAACAAGCUAGCAGCUGGUUAGCGUGCAGCCAGCAAGGUUAUAAAAUAUUAGCUUAGCCAUCGGUCGCUGUUUCCCACUAGCUGUAGACAGUACACCAACAAAAGAA